GCCACCAGCCACCUGCAGCGACACUCGAGAGGGAGAUUGGCCACCAGCCACCUACUCGCCUCUGCCUCCUGCCACCGCCGCCGCGAACCCGUCGGGAUUGGCCACGGCGUGACGGCGGGGUCCUGACCUCGUCCACCGCCGCGGGAGGCGCGGCGUAGUACGGCUGAGGGGGUGGCGCCUGCCUUUGGGAAUUUCAGAGAUGGCGCUGACUAGGGUUUCGCUGUCUUCCUCAACCCGCCUCCUACCCUCCCCCCUGCUCCAAUUCUUCCUCCGCCCUUUCUCCUCCGCGACCUCUCCCCUCGGCAGUUCCCGCCGAAGAAGCUCUCCCAUUGCUGCCGCUUUCUCUCAGGCUUCACAAUCUCCCCACGCUGUAAGGCACGGGCAGGUGACGGAGGCGCCCAUGCCCAAAUCCAGGCGGCCCUGGAGGCCCACGUGCUUGUACUACACCCAGGGCAAGUGCACCAUGAUGAAUGAUGCUAUGCAUCUUGACAAAUUCAGUCACAAUUUGAUGAUGGACCUUCCAGUGAAUGCAUCAGCAGCAGAUAAAGUGAAGCCUCAGAAACUGGAUUAUCUUUUGAUUCUUGAUUUGGAGGGUAAGGUUGAAAUUCUUGAAUUCCCGGUCGUGAUGAUUGAUGCUCAAAGCAUGGAAUUUAUUGAUUCAUUUCACAGGUUUGUGCGUCCAACUGCAAUGAAUGAGCAAAGAAUAACAGAAUACAUAGAAGGGAAAUAUGGAAAGUUUGGGGUUGACCGCGUUUGGAAUGACACUGCUAUCCUAUUCAAGGAAGUACUGCAAGAGUUUGAGGACUGGAUUGGAAAUCACAACCUGUGGAAAAAGGAGCAACAAGGAUCACUCAAAAGUGCAGCAUUUGUUACUUGUGGAAAUUGGGAUUUGAAGACGAAGGUCCCUGAGCAGUGCAAGGUUUCAAACAUAAAGCUUCCUAAUUAUUUUAUGGAGUGGAUUAAUUUGAAGGAUAUCUACCUCAACUUCUAUUGCAGAAGGGCAACUGGAAUGAUAACAAUGAUGAGGCAGCUUCAAAUGCCAACUGUUGGAAGCCACCAUCUCGGGAUAGACGAUUCAAAAAAUAUAGCGAGAGUGGUUCAGCGAAUGCUUGCUGAUGGUGCUAUGAUGCAAAUUACUGCAAAGAGGCAGUCAGCUACUGGCGAUGUGAAAUUUCUUUUCGAGGACCGAAUUAGGUGAUUGACAUGUCAAAUGUGUAACAUUCUGGAUUUUUAAACACAGCGCUGCUGAAUUGACUGGCCAAGUGCCCAUCAAUUUUGACGUUGUGAACUGCUCUGAUGAUAUUCUAAGUUCUGGACGAAGGCUGAAUGGCAUGUCAAAGUUCUGGAGCAAACUGAGAAUGUUAACAUCUAUCGCAUGGCAGAUCAAGUUGUCUUGAUAUUAGUUUUUUUUUCCUUUACUCAGUUAUGGGUACACCCAAAUUAGUUGAUGAGAGAUACAGAUAAGGUUGUUCCUUCGACAAUCGUGUAUGCUGUACUAAAUGCCAAAGUGUUGCUGACUUGCUGGUGCUA